CUUAGGGAUUUUUGAAUAUCUUCUGCCUAUAUAUAUGAAGACCUUAUGUUCCGUGUAACUCACACAUUCAACUGACAUAUCUUAGCACUUUGCUUCUUUCAGUGGGACAAGCUUUGCAGAUGGAGUUUCUUGUUAUCGUGGCUGUUCUUCUUUCCUUUACAGGAUGCCAUGCUAAAAUUAAAGAUUCCUCUUCUCCCAUGCCCUUAGCUUUAAGUUAUUGGAACAACAAGUUGCCCACCACUCCCAUUCCUACUCUUCUGCUUGCCCACCUCUCAUCUCUGGAGCCAAAUAGCCCAUCUUAUUUUAAACAGACUAGCACCUUGAUACAGCCACUCACUAAAAUAAUUUAUACUCAUAUCACAUAUACCAGAAACACCGCCACUAGCAACUCCACAAAGCCAAAAGUCACAGUGUCUGCUGAACCAAUGUUUUUUCUUCAAAAAACAUUAAGCAUUGGAACCAAAUUCACUACAGACAUGGUAUUCUGGAAAAGUACAGAGACAUUAUAUUUCCUUCCAGUUGUUGUGGCUAACAAAAUACCAUUCUCAACUAAAAGUCUUUCUGCAUCUCUAAAAACACUUCACAUAACCCCAAAUUCUGAGAUGGGUCUUACAAUGAAGGAGACUUUGGAAGUAUGUGAGAGUUCUGCCAUGACUGGGGAAAGCAAAAAGUGUUUAACUUCACUAGAAUCUAUGAUUGACUACACUACCUCUCAAAUUGGAACCAAUGACCUCAAUGUUUUUGUUACCAAUGUUUCCAAGACUAAAUCAGGAUUGCAACAAUAUUCCCUUGCUUCAAUUUCCUUUGAAAGCAAACCCACUUCCAGAUUUGUAGCUUGCCACCCAAUAGGGUAUCCAUAUCUUGUAUACUUUUGCCAUCAGAUAAAGGACACAAGAAUGUUCCAGCUUUCUUUUAAGAGUGAUGAAGGAAAUAUUGCAGAAAUGGUAGCUGUUUGUCAUGAAGACACUAGUGAGUGGAAUCCCGAGCACGUAUCCUUCAAGAUGCUCCAUGUGAAACCAGGGGGCGAGGCCAUCUGCCACUUUAUGACAGAAGAUGAAAUUCUGUGGAUUGCUGCCAACUAAAAGUCUUCAACCUGCCCUCUAAACAUAUGUAUACUACUUACUACUAUGUACAAUAAAGGUCUCAUGUAUGGAGAUCGUUUGUUUGUUUCAUUCCAGCCUGCUCGGGCUUUAGUGCAUAUAUACCCAUGGUUUUUUAUGUAUAUUUAUAUGGUAAUGGUAAUGGUAUUUAUAAUAGGAUGAAAUUUGGUGCAAAUUAGUACUUGAUUAUUACUAAAGA